AUGGCAACCAUAUCGGCUAGUGCCAGUCCAGCCAUGCAAGAAGCGGCAAAGACGCCAAGCGCCUCGCCGCUCCGCGCCACCGUCGCCACGGCCGCAUCGCCGGCUCGCUACAGACCAUCGCCGCUGGUCAUAUUCAGCGCCUGCCUCGUCCUGCUCGGCGCCGGCGGGCCGCUCCUGCUGCGCGUGUACUUCGUCCACGGUGGGCAGCGCCUGUGGCUGUCCGCGCUGCUGCAGAUUUCCGGCUGGCCGCUGCUCCUCCCGCCCUUGUGCGUCUCCCUCUUCCGCGGCCGCCGCCACGGCAUCGCCAACCUGCUCCUCCCGCUCCGCCUCGUCGGCGCCGCCGCCGUGCUCGGCGCGUUCUACGCCAUCUCCUGCUACGUGUACGCGAUGGGUUCCCAGGCGCUGCCGCUCUCAACGUCGUCUCUGCUCCUCGCGACGCAGCUAGCGUUCACCGCCAUUUUCGCUUUCCUCUUCGUGGGCCUCCGCUUCACGCCAUUCUCCGCCAACGCCGUCCUCCUCCUCACCAUCGGCCCGGCGGUGCUCGGAGUUGGCCCGGGAUCCGGCAAGCCGGCGGGCGAGCCCUCGAAGACGUACUGGGUUGGGUUCUGUGAGGCCAUCGCUGCGGCCGCGCUCGCCGGGCUCGUGCUGCCGCUCGUCGAGGUCUCCAUGGAGCGGUACGGCCGCCGGUCGGGACCCGCCGCAAGGGUGCCACCUCCCUACUCGACGGUCAUGCAGAUGCAGGCCGUGAUGGGCGCCGCCGGCACGAUGGUGUGCCUGCUCGGAAUGGCCAUCAAGAGCGAUUUCAGCGCGCUGCGGGGCGAGGCGGCCGCGUUCGGGCUCGGCGAGACCAACUACUACCUGGUGCUAGUGUGGGACGCCGUGUCGUGGCAGCUGCUCAACCUGGGCAUCAUGGGGCUCAUCACCUGCGCCUCCUCGCUCCUCGCCGGCAUCAUGAUCGCCGUGCUCCUGCCGCUCUCGGAGAUCCUCGCCGUCAUGUUCCUCCACGAGAAGUUCGACGGGCCAAAGGGCAUUGCGCUCGUGCUAUCCCUCUGGGGUUUCGCAUCCUACCUCUACGGCGAGAAGGCCCAGAAGAAGCUGGAGGCGCAGAAGAGCGAGCAGCAGGUGGCAAGGAAAACCGGAGACCUGGAGCUGGCUGCCCCUUGA